ACGAGUGCACAUUUAACGCCUGUUUAGGUAAGUUCAUCCCCUCAUCCCAAUUUCCUUAGCGAAAAAAAAAAAAAUUUCCUUCUGUUAUCCCCCAAGAUAGUUGUCCCUCUUUCUUCCCUAGGAAAGGAGACAAUUCCACUGUCUUCCAAUCCAGAAUCAAUCUCCUCCUUAAACAGGUUAUCUCUUCCCAACGUCCUGCUUUUCUGAUGACAGCAGCUUCCCAGACCCUGCCUAGAUAGUCCUCAUAGAAGCAGCUGCCACUUUUCUCUAGACACCAAUCGCGGACCCUAGUUCCCAGUCUCUGGUCCCCGGCAUCCGCACUCUCCCCGCCCCCACCCUACCCCCACCACCAGCAGCUCUUGCUCACCUCGGCCCCGGACAGGAAGGGGUGCGAAGGCCCUGUGAUCGUCAGGUAAUUGUCAUUUCCUCCGGGAAACUAAAAACCAAAAGAAAGCCGCAGGGAUAAGUUAGGGGGAGCAGAGAGUUAGCUUGGGGCGACGGAUUCUGACCCCGACCUUCUGACAACACUCCCCAAACCGGGCCGUCUCUUUCCUCCCCGGCCAGCCACCUCGCCGCCCGGCUUCCCGCCUCUGCUUGAACCCCGUCGGCUGCGCUCUCUCGCCAGCCUUCUAAGUGUUCAGGGUCCUACCUCCAUCUUUACACAAUCGCUAUCAGCGUCUCAGUCCCCUCAUCGCUCCCACCGCCCCCACCAGACUCGGAACUUCCGUCACUUCCGUAAUGACGAAAGUCGUUCUCCACCGAUUGGAAGGAGCUCCACAGGGCCGCAGCGAGUCAGGCCCGGCAAGUCCAGGUGAUAGGAAAGGCUAACGCUCGCCCCCUGGAGUUUGGUGGAAUAAUGGCAUGUGGAAGUGCUAAAGGCGUCCCUGGGGGCGGUACCAGGGUAUUACCACCGCCCCAAACCGAGAGAGGAUUUCUGGGGAGAGCAAUAGAGAUGUGAUCUAGGCUAGAGGGACCGGAGGCGGCGGGAAGCGGGGGGCGGGGACGCAAAAUAAGGAGAUCGGUAGAUUGAGCAGCCAGAGAGGCCGGAGGUAAGUGGCUGUAGAUAUCGGGCGGACCCGGAAUCCAGAGGAAUUGGGACCAUGACUUAUGCUUAUCUCUUCAAGUACAUCAUCAUCGGGGACACAGGUGUGGGCAAAUCAUGUCUCCUCCUGCAGUUUACCGACAAGCGGUUCCAGCCUGUUCACGACCUCACAAUCGGUGUGGAAUUUGGUGCCCGUAUGGUCAACAUUGAUGGAAAACAAAUCAAACUGCAAAUCUGGGAUACGGGGAGCAGCUGGAGCACUGCUGGUGUACGACAUUACAAGGCGUGAAACCUUCAAUCAUCUCACCUCAUGGUUGGAGGAUGCCCGGCAACACUCCAGCUCCAAUAUGGUUAUCAUGUUGAUUGGGAAUAAGAGUGACCUAGAGUCCCGCAGGGAUGUAAAAAGAGAAGAAGGAGAGGCCUUUGCUCAGGAGCAUGGACUUAUAUUCAUGGAGACUUCAGCCAAAACAGCCUCCAACGUUGAAGAGGCCUUCAUUAACACAGCCAAAGAAAUAUAUAGGAAGAUCCAGCAGGGUUUAUUUGAUGUUCACAAUGAGGCAAAUGGCAUCAAGAUUGGGCCCCAGCAGCCGAUUUCAACAUCAGUGGGACCCUGCACCUCCCAGCAGAACUCUCGUGACCUAGGGUACAACUCUGGCUGUUGCUAAAUGUCUGGCCUGAACUCUUUUUUUUCUUCCUGGAACAGGUUCAGAUCAACAGGCUUAAAGGAAGAGGUCUUAUUUGCUUUGGCUGAAAGCAAACUCUUUCCAUGGUGUGAUGAUUUGCCUUUCCACUUAAAGACCAGGGAAGAAUUUGGGCCCUUACUAACCUGUCCUUCUUCAGGGAUGGGAACAUUCCCUACAGAUCAGGGCUCUUCUCAUCUUACUAUUUUAAUUUCUAAAAUGUUAGAAUUAUAAAGUUGUCACUAUCGUUCAAAAUUUUAAAAAUUAUUUUAUAAGCAUACACAAUCUGCUUCCCACCAAGAAUUAGUAAGAAGGGUCAAGGACAUUCUGCUUGAGCCCUUGAGAUUGCUGGGAUCUAGCUGGCCUUGUGUGACAGAUCCUCUAUCUAGGAAUUUCACUGAGUCUAACUUCCUUGCCUUUGGGGGUCCACUUGCCACUUCCUGAGAAUUCUCGUAGAAGGCGAUUCCUUUUAUUUGAAUUCCUCAAGGAUUCUGGGUACUUCUCUACCAUCCCACUGCUAGUUUUUUUCUCUCAGAGUAACUCCAAAACUUUUGAGAACAGUAGAGUUGGCCCUGGACCUCUGGUCAUUUAUAAUCAUUACCAAAAGGAAACUCUUUCCCUGCUCAUUUUGUUUUUAGGGAGCUAACAUUGCAGUGUCUUUCAUCAAAUAGACCUCUUACUUCUUACUAGACCUAUUUAGACUUUAUACUCUAACCAAGCUAAUCUACUUAUUGGACAUGACAUAUUUAUUCCCACUUCCAUUCCUUUGCAUGUGCCCUACUCAACACUAACAUUAUACUUGAAGUACAAACUUUUCCUUCAGGAAGUCUUCUAUGGCUGACUAAAGAGUUCUAAGCAAUUAUUGCCAUAGUACCCCUUAGCUUUCAUAUAUUAUUUAUAUUUAUUUGUAUUUAUAUUACCUUAUAAAUAUGUUUUGUAGUUGUUUUGUGGAGGACCUGUCCCCCCAUACAGGUUGUAAGCUCCUUGAGAGUAGGAACUGUCAUUCCUUUAUUUUUGUAAAUGCAACCACCCCCCCUUCUUCACAGUGCCUAGUGCUCAUUAUGUGAUCACUGAAUUUGACUGACUUAAAGACUUAGAACAGGUUCGUUUUAGACUUCAGAGGAAACAGAAGGCCUGAGAGUCAUCUCUUUGGUAACUCUAUCUCAAUUUCUUCUAUGUGCUUACCCUAGGUUCCACAUUGCUCUUCUCCCUGUCCUCUCCCACCCUUCCCUGGCUCUUUGCCUCUAUUCCAUACAGCAUACAGUGAGGCUGCCUGCUUCAAAGCAGUCAAAUAAGUGGGUACUUCAGUCAUUUUCCUUUUCAAGAGCAUAUAACAUUAUCUUAGCCAGAUUUGCCUUUGCCUUACUCAUCAUGUGUCCUUCUGGGUCAAUUGCUAUAUCUUAUUGCCUUGGUUUCCCAUUCUCUUCCAUAGAACUGAGGUCUCAUGAAUUUUUUCUAAUUUUUUGUUGUAGAUGAAUUGUUUCAUUAUUAAAUAUAUGCAUGUAUCCAAGCUGCUCAUA